AUGAGCAAGGAGAUUAAUGAUUUGGUAAUCAUUGGAGGCAGUUAUGCCGGCAUGUCAGCAGCACUUCAAUUAGUUCGUGCUAGACGGAAAGUGGUGAUCAUCGAUGAAGGUAUAAGAAGAAACAGAUUUGCAAAAGAGUCGCAUGGAUUCUUGGGCAGUGACGGUGCGAGCCCUAAUGAGAUAGCAGCUACAGCACGUGGACAAUUGUUGAAAUACCCAACAUUACAAUGGAUCGAUGGCCGUGCUAUUAGUGUUGAAGGAACGAAAGACAAUUUCGUCAUCACCACUGCAGAUAAGCAGGAAUACCGUGCUUCCAGGAUCUUGCUAGCAACUGGCAUCCAAGACUGCUUGUCGGAUAUCGAAGGGCUCGAGGAAAGAUGGGGUAAGUCUGUUUUUCAUUGCCCAUACUGCCACGGGUACGAAUUGAAUCAGGGAAACAUUGCAGUAAUUGCCACGUCUCCGAUGUCAAUUCACCAAGGGUUGUUGUUGCCAGAGUGGGGCACAAUAACAUUCUAUACCAAUGGUACCAAGUUCGGAGAUGAUAUGCUCAAUGCGUUGGAAUCGAAAUCUAUGAACGUUGUCCACGGUAUCGUUCAGAAAAUUGAAAAUGAGGCAGACGUUAUCCUGGAAGACGGUUCAAAAGAAUCAUUCACUGGGAUCUUUGUUUCCACUACCGUUAAACCGACCGCUGAUGAGUUAAUCAAUCAUUUAGGCUGUGAUAUGUUAACGAACCCCUUGGGAUCUAUCGUGAAGACGGAUGAGAAGAAGCAAUCAUCAAAACCGGGGGUUUACGCAUGCGGUGACGUUGGUGUAUUUCCGAGCACCGUUGCCUUAGCAGUAGGUGACGGUACACUAGCAGGAUUCAACAUUCACCGCUGCUUAUUGGGGAUGUGA